AUGCUUAAUGCUCGUACAACACAUGCAUUUCAUAUAUUUGAUGAAAAAAUUCUUGCCAUAGGAGGUUUUGAUGAUGAUGGAAAUGGUAUGUUAUCAAUUGAAAGUUAUGAUAUUCAUUGUGAUCAAUGGACUAUUUUAACAUCAAUACCGGGUGCUGUAUCGAAAACAUGGCCACAAUCACUUGGUACAGUUGGUCGACGUAUUUAUAUAUCUGUAUUUCAUACAUCGAAUUCAUUUAUUGUUAUGCAAGAAGGCUAUUUUUUUGAUUUGGAUACUCAACGAUGGGUAAAAGCACCUGUUGUACAUGAACGUGCGCGGUACUGUCCAACAGUUCAACUUCGUUUUCCUAAACAUUUUAUUAAAUCCAUACAAACAGCAACAACAACAACAACAACAAAUAAUUCAUCAUCAUUACCUGCUUCAGCUAAUAUUUUACUUAUGAAUACAUGA